CAUUGGCUACGCGACGCAGCAUCCACCUGAAUAAGAGGAGAGAGAGAAAGAGUCUUCGGCUUCAACCCUAACUCCGAUUUUCUCACCUCCCAAACGUCCAUUUCCCCUCCGCGUAUGCCUUUUCUUUUCCCAUGAAAAGGGUAGAAAAAUGGGGAAGUACAUGAGGAGGAGCAAUACUGCAGGUGAAGUCGCCGCUUUGAUGGAUGUCUCUCACCCGUCCCUUGGUGUUCUCACUCGAGCUCAAUCCCUAGCUCUCCAGAAAUCCACCUCUUCCCUCCCGUCUUCUCCUCCUCCUCCGCCACCGCCCCCGCAGUUUGUGGACGGAGCUGGGCCAUAUCUUCAACUCCGUAGUCGUCGGCUGCAGAAGAAACCGUCGAUUGUUGUUAUUCGCUCCGGCAAACGGAGAAAGCAGAGGAAGAAAGCAACAUGCAUCGAAAGCCCUAACCCUAAUUCCCAAAAAUUCGAUUCCCCCGUGCGUUCGCUUCACGGCUCUGGUGGCGAUGGGUCUCGCUCGGGUUCGGUUGCCGAGAGUGUUGUCUGCGCGAAGGAGAAGGAUUUGCUGGUCGGCGAAAAGGAAGUCGAUGGAGAAGUCGACAAGGAAAGGUCCACAAGGGAAUCUACUCCUUGCAGUUUGAUAAGGAAUCAGGAAACUGCAAGGAACCAAGGAUCAUCCACAAGCUCUAACCGUGAUGUAAUGGACGCCAGCCGAAGAGGAGAGAGUUUGCCAGGCCGUAACCUACCAACAACACAUGAAAUGGACGAGUUUUUCUCCGGUCCCGAGGAAGAACAGCAAAGACAGUUCAUUCAAAAGUACAACUUUGAUCCCGUUAACGAGAAACCGCUGCCAGGACGCUACGAGUGGAAGAAGGUGGACCAUUAGAGAAGGAUUAUUCAGGCUUUUAUAGCAUUUCCUGCUAAUUAUCAUGAAUCAGCUUACAAGGGUUGGUAGGUGGGUUCCAUUUCUAGCUUCCAUAAUCCGUUUUUCUUAACAUUGUAAAGCAAAAGUAGGAAAUCUUGUGUAGCCUGUUCCAAUGGGUCUGUAACAUAGCGGAGGAUAUGUGUACCCAAAACCGAUACCGAUCCUUUGUCUACCAGACCAAAUCAUAGGCUCAUAAGAGAAGGUUACAAGGAACAGCAGAGGGGGUUUUAGGGUAAGUCUUUUUUGUUGCGGUACAUGAAUUUUGACUCUGCGUUUCACUUGUUCCUCUGUAGUACUGUAACCUUUCUCAUCUAUCCCUUGUGUAUACAACGAAUGUACUGAUGAAACGUUUAAGAAAACCCCCCAAUGAUCGUUUGCAAAA